AGAAGACUGAAGUCACGAACCGGAAUUCUUUUCAUUUCACUUCCAUGUUUCAAUUUCCUCCAAAUUUUUUUCCUCUCCUCCUCUCCCACGCUGCUCCCUCCCCCUGCUCACCUUCGGCCUCCGCCCACUACCACCCACCAGCAACCGCUGUCAACCGGCACCACCGUGCGCCGUGCACUUCCUUUUGGUCAGAGGGCAGAUUGCGCUGUACACCGACUCCCAAAAGCACCGUGCGACGCCGAGCCCACAGCCAACCGUACACGACCGGCAAACUACCUCACGCUGACUGACAACGAACCACCGUCUCCCUGAAGGCUCCCAUUCUUGUACCAACCUGCAAGGCCAGGGGAUCCAACCAACCACGCCCACGGCCACUUGCAGCCUUUAAGCCUAAGAUGAAUAACACGAAGAAUGUCUUGGAUUCAUGAUUUUGGGAAUAAUCAGCUAAUACUUCGUGCGGGUGCAACCAUGUCUGAUGCAGAUAAAAGGGCCCCAAACAAACCCUCUUCAUCACCUCAGAUUCGCUGGUCAUGAACUCCUUAAGAUGCUUUGCGAAGCACCCCAUCAUUUCUCUGAUAGAAUCGGACACCACGCUCAAAGAGCUGAAGCAAAUCCACACCCAACUGCUACUAAACGGUCUUCUUAACGACCCUCACCCCCUGGGCCAAUUCGUAGCCACCGCAGCCCUCAAAAACCCUGACAAUCUUGAUUAUUCCAAUCAAGUCCUGGACCAAUGUGAGAACCCUACCCUCUUCGCCUUAAACUCUAUGAUUAGAGCCCACUGCAAAAGCUCAAACCCUCAAAAGAGUUUUCUCUUCUACAACAGAAUUCUCCACUCUACUAACAAUGUCUCACCCGAUAACUACACCUUCAAUUUCUUGGUUCGUACGUGCGCGCAGCUCGUGGCGAGCGAGACGGGUCCGUCUGUACAUGGCGCGCUAAUUAAACAUGGGUUUCACCACGACCCGCAUGUUCAAAGUGGGUUAAUUUUCAUGUACGCUGAAUUGGGUUGCUUGAGCUCAUGUCAUCGGGUGUUCGGAGAAAUUCCUGAGCCGGAUUUAGUGUGUCAGACGGCUAUGGUGAGCGCUUGUGCGAAAUGCGGUGAUGUUGGUUUUGCAAGGGAGCUGUUUGAUGUAAUGCCUCAAAGGGAUCCCAUUGCGUGGAAUGCGAUGAUUGCAGGGUAUGCGCAGAGUGGGAAGUCAAGGGAGGCAUUGGAUUUAUUCAAUUUGAUGCAAAUGAUGGGUGUGAGGGUCAAUGAGGUGUCUAUGGUUUCGGUUUUAUCCGCGUGUACCCACUUAGGUGCAUUGGAUCAAGGGAGAUGGGCACACACAUAUAUAGAGAGAAACAAGCUAAGGGUGACAGUGACGCUGGGGACUGCACUGAUUGACAUGUAUGCGAAAUGUGGAAACGUAAAUAAGGCCAUGGAAGUUUUCUGGGGAAUGAAGGAAAAAAAUGUGUAUACUUGGACUAGUGUCAUGGGUGGGCUAGCUAUGAAUGGAUUUGGUGAGAAGUGCCUCAAACUUUUUUCCCUCAUGAAACAAGAAGGGGUUCAGCCCAAUGAGGUCACUUUUGUUUCUGUUCUUAGAGGUUGUAGUGUGGUUGGACUGGUUAAAGAAGGUCGUGAGCAUUUUGAGUCAAUGAGCAAAGUGUAUGGUAUUGAGCCUCAGCUCGAGCAUUAUGGAUGCAUGGUGGAUUUAUAUGGUCGAGCUGGCCGCUUACAUGAAGCCUUAAACUUCAUAAAUAACAUGCCUGUGAAGCCUCAUUCUGGUGCUUGGGGAGCUUUGCUAAAUGCUUGUAGAAUGCAUAAAAAUAUGGAACUGGGUGAACUUGCCUCAAGAAAGAUAGUGGAGCUGGAGGCCAAGAAUCAUGGUGCUUACGUGCUCCUGUCGAAUAUGUAUGCUGAUUCCAAGAACUGGGAAGGGGUUAGUAGUGUGCGAGAGAUUAUGAAAGCCAAAGGUGUGAGAAAGCUCCCUGGUUGUAGUGUUAUAGAGGUUGAUGGUGAAGUUCAUGAGUUCAUUGUUGGGGAUAAGACCCACCCUAGGCAUGACGAAAUUGAGAUGAUGUUGGCAGAGAUCUCGAAGCGGCUGAAACUAUCAGGUUAUGUGGCUAACACCAACCCUGUGCUGUUUGAUAUAGAAGAGGAAGAGAAAGAGGAUGCUUUGUAUAAACAUAGUGAGAAGGUAGCGAUUGCUUAUGGUUUGAUCACUUUGAAGGAAGGUGUGCCCAUUAGGAUUGUCAAGAACCUUAGGGUUUGUUGGGAUUGUCAUGAAGUAACAAAAAUGAUAUCUAAAACUUUUGACAGAGAGAUUAUUGUGAGAGACAGGAAUAGGUUUCACCAUUUUAAAGACGGUGACUGUUCUUGUAAGGGUUAUUGGUGAAAUACCUCACUCACCUUCCUGUUCAUUUGUUCAAAGGUAUUUUAUUUAUUCUGUGACUGUCAUGUCGUUUGUGAUUUUUGUUUUGCCCAACUUCAUAAAUCAAAAGAGAUCGAUAAUGUACUCACCUUUAAAGAUUGAUAAAUUCUUUACUUCUAUUCUUACUGA